GUUUCCGGCCGGUUGGUGCUUGUUUAUUUGACAGGGUGGUCUGUAUCAUCCGCGCACACAGAUGGCUGAAGGUACGCGGCUAGAGAACGUGAACCCGCUGAUUUAUCAGCGAUCUGGUGAGCGGCAGCUUACAGCAGAGGACGAAGACGAGGACUUUGUCGACCCUAUUGAUGACAGAGAGAUUUUUGAUUUAAUAAGAUCAAUUAAUGAUCCAGAACAUCCUCUGUCAUUAGAAGAAUUAAAUGUUGUGGAACAAAUGAGAGUGCAUGUGAAUGAUAAUGAAAGCACAGUAUCAGUUGAGUUUACCCCUACAAUUCCUCACUGCAGCAUGGCUACUUUGAUUGGUCUGUCAAUUAAAGUCAAACUUCUUCGAUCUUUACCAGAACGCUUCAAGAUUGAUGUACAUAUUUCACCUGGGACUCAUGCCUCUGAACAAGCAGUAAACAAGCAACUGGCAGACAAAGAAAGAGUGGCAGCAGCAUUAGAGAACACUCAUCUCCUGGAGGUUGUGAACCAGUGUUUGUCUGCAAGAGUUUAAUCUUGUUAUUCCAUUAAAUGUCAGCACAGCCUUGCUGUGUUUUUAUUUACUAUAAAUGUAGUUUCUUACAUUUCUUUUGUAAGAGAUGAUGGUUUGCUUUCUAGGAAGGUAUUUUAUUGCCCUUAUCAUUGAUUAAGAAUGAAGCACUGUACUUUUGCUUAGACAUUUGAGAAGUUCCUAGAUUUAAUAAACUAAUCUGUGUUAACUGGAAAUUGUUCCUUUUAAAUAAAAAAAAUUUUCUUAUUA